AUGGGUGGCGAUCUCAAUCUGAAGAAGUCAUGGCAUCCCCAUUUGAUGAAGAAUCAAACGCGGGUAUGGGAGGAAGAGAAGAAAGCCCUCGAAGAAAGAAGACGUACAGAACAGAGGAUUAAGGAGCUUAAAGAAGAACGGGCGAAGGAAGAGAUUCAAAACAAACUCGAAGCCGCCGGAUCGAGGAAGCGAGUUGAUCGUGUCGAUUGGAUGUAUCAAGGUCCAUCAAGUGGGCAAACUGGAACCACUGAAGAGAUGGAAGGUUAUCUUCUUGGAAAGAGACGCAUUGAUGGAUUAAUCAAAGGCACAGAGCACAAGAAUCUCGAGAAACAAGCUUCCGAGGCUAGUUUCAUGGCUUUACAAAAUGCAAAUACUCUACGAGACACAGCAGCUAAGGUUCGUGAGGAUCCCAUGCUUGCGAUCAAAAGACAGGAGCAGGCUGCAUAUGAGGCUAUGAUGAAUGAUCCAAUCAAACGACGCAAGCUACUUGAAUUGGCUGGCCAGGACACCAAGGAAGUUAAGCCGAAGAAGGAAAGAAAACAUCGACACCAUCAUCGACAUCAUGAUGACGACGAUGAAGAGCGAAGACGAAAGCGUAGGAAAGAUGAAAAUAGGGAUAGUCGGGAAGAUGAUCGCAGUCGCAAGCGUCGCAGAAGUGGUGAUAAUUACGAUGAUGACAGAGAUCGCAGAAGUCGUAAACAUGAAUAUCGACGACGUUCGGAUUCAUAUUCAAGAUCUCGCUCCCCUAUCGAAAGACGUGAUAGUUUUGGCAGAUCACGAAAACCAAGAUCAGUAUCACCGGAUAAUAGAGAAAGAGGACGGUCAGCAAGAGAAAGAGACUACGACCGCCGAAGACCCGUGUCACCAAAUGAACGUCAAAAUAGCAGACCAGAGAGAGAUCAAGACAAAAGACAGAGAAGGAGAAAUAAUUCAUCUCCAGAUUCCCGAUCCCCCACGCCAGAACGGCGAAGGUCCCCGGACAGGAGAAAAUCUUACCCAGCAGAUAGAGAUGAUAGAAGGAAUGGUUACGACCGAAGGGAUAACGGAAACAGAUACGAAAAUCAACGUAAUGGAAAUGGGUACGGCAGACGCGAUGAUAGAAGACCUCACGGUGGACAGCAGCCGGAUGGACCUUCGGAAGAAGAGAAGGAGGCUGAGCGACAAAAGAAAUUGGCCGCUAUGCAGCAAGAUGCAUCAAGUCUGGAAACUGAUCGUGAGAAGCGACUAAAGGCAUUGGAGGAACAGGAGAAGGCUGCCCAUGAAGCUGAGGAUAGAGCACGAACAAACACAUCAAAGUACUCGGAUAAAGGCGAUUUCAUCAAUGGUCUCAAUCGAACCGCUGGAAAUAUGAAUCUCGGUGAUCGAAUCGGGCGUCGUGCAGGACAAGGAUUUAUCAAGGAAGAGGAAUGA